UGAAACAUCAAUGACCUGAAGCUUAUAAAAUAACUUGGGAGAGGCCAGGCACCAAGACAGGCAUCAGGAAUUGGAUGAUUUUGCAUGUGGAAACUGCUUUCAUCUUGACUUAAAAGGUCCCUGGAUACCCUCCCCGGCCCAAGAUGGUGACGAUGCUGUUGCUGCUUUCUGCGCUGGCCAGCCUUUUGAGUACGGCAGAGGGACAAGCGUACCAUCUGGGGCAGUGCCCGACCCCUCCGGUGCAGGAGAACUUUGACGUGAAUAAGUAUCUUGGAAGAUGGUAUGAAAUCGAGAAGAUCCCAGUGAGCUUUGAGAAAGGAAGCUGCAUCCAAGCCAACUACUCACUCAUGGGCAAUGGAAACAUCAAAGUAGUAAACCAGGAGCUGAGUGCUGACGGAACUGUGAAUCAAAUUGAAGGAGAAGCCACCCAGGCCAACCUCUCAGAGCCCGCCAAGUUGGGAGUUAAGUUUUUCUGGUUUAUGCCCUCGGCACCGUACUGGGUCCUGGCCACCGACUACGAGAACUACGCCCUCGUGUACUCCUGCACCACGAUCAUCUGGCUCUUUCACAUGGACCAUGUCUGGAUCUUGGGGAGAAACCCUUACCUCCCUCCAGAAACAGUGUCCUACCUAAAAGAUAUCCUGACUUCGAAUGACAUCGACAUUGAGAAGAUGACGGUCACGGAUCAGGCCAACUGCCCCGAGUUCCUGUAAGGAGGCGCUAAGGAGGCUGCGCCCACUCCAUGCUAUUUCCGUGGCUUUGCUUUGCCCCUCCCACCCCUCAUAAAGACACACCAGCCCACCACAGGACACUGCGAAUUCCGGGAUGGCGGUUUGAGUGCAGAAGCCAAUGGAGGGGGAUCCAGGAAGGUGGGCCCAAACACUCCACCGUGCCCACUCUUGUCUCCUUGCCGGCCUAAUAAUAAACUCAUCGCUGACCUGCUGUGCUCACAGUGGAUGACAUAUUGGGUUAGUGUGGGGGUUUACCUUUAAGCUUAUGCUGAGAAAUGCUUAAACAGUUAUGUUGAAAAAAACUAAGCACUGAACUGCCCUAGUUUAAAAUAACAGUUUUCUCUCUGGAAGGGUAAACGGAUGGCAAAGGCAUAUUCCAGGUCACCUGAGUCCAGGUGGCCAGGACCUGCAGCUAGUGCUUCUUCAGAGGGAAUUCUUAGGGGUGUUUGAGUCUCGAAGUUUCCAUGAAGCUUUUACUUUCCCAUCAGGAGGUCUUGAGAGUCAGGCUGAAGAAUGAGGCCUUCUUGGGGUCUGUGCAAGGGAAAAGAAAAUCUAUGAGGGAGGUAAUCUGAGGAUUUUAUUAUUAUUAUUAUUAUUAUUAUUAUUAUUAUUCAGCCAGUAUUUACUGAGGCCCAACUGCCUUCCAGGCAUUGAAAAAUACAGACUCCACUGUAUUCAUACUGAGAAAACUCAUUUCGUAUGCUGUAAUAAUAUAGAGUGAUUAAAUGUAAAAGUAAUUAUGAUAAUAAUAGUAAUAAUAAAAGAAGACCGAACAUACAAAUAUUAGGAGCCUCUAAAGAAUAAAACCAAACCAAAAGAACAGGAUAAAUAAAAUUAUAAAAGAAAGAAAAGUCCCUGUCCUCCCACAGAAGCUCACGUUGGUGAGGGAGACAGAUACCAUCAGAAUGUAAGAGAGGAGUGUGAAGGGACAGGCACGUGAAUGUCCUGAAUGUCGUGAGGACUCCAGGAAUGUCCUGACCCCUGAGAGACACAGGCACCCACAGGACUGCAGUCAUACCUCCGGGCAUUCCAACUUUCCUGUUACGAGAACCACCUCGAGUCAGGGACCACCUUGAGUUCUUGCUACGUCCUGGUUUUGCUUUAUGUUGUAACUUUUAAAAUCAGAAAGAUCUCAGAAUUAUCACCCAACAAUUUUGCUUAGCUCACAUAACCUUCAUAAUUUGCUAAUGUUUCGGGAAAUAAAUAAAAAAUUAAGCCAU